GUGCGAGAGCAAGACGAUUGUGUGUUACACUAUUAUUAUUAUUACUGAAAUGGCAGCGUUGAACUUUGAGACUCAGCUCCAAGAGAUACUUGGUGUCCCAGACUCAAUUUGGCUGGGAUUCUUCCAAGUUGACCUGAACAAACCCGAGAUAGGCCGUGGCUCGGAUGCCACUGUGUAUACAAGUGAGUUGGAGGGUCUCCCUGUUGCUGUGAAGGUCUUACAUAGUAUUUUACUCCAACAGGGCAAUGUCGGGCGUGCAGCUCUUCUGCAGCGAUUCGGCACUGAGUGCCUAGUCAUGCGGCGACUGCAACAUGAAAGAAUUGUGCGACUGCUCGGGAUCGGCAUUGCUCCCAAUCAAUCUCCGUGUAUAGUGGUAGAACUGAUGGCCGGCUCGCUAGGUGAUCGAAUUGGAGUUGUUCCAAGAGAGCCAUUCGCGCAAAGCCUUCAGUAUCUUGUCGACACGGCGGAAGGUUUGCGCUUUCUUCACGGCAAGAACAUUUUGCAUCGCGAUUUGAAACCCCACAACAUCUUGAUCACGGCAGGGAGAGCCAAGAUAGCUGAUGUAGGUUUGGCCCGCUCUCUUCACGGUGGUCAAGGUGCAGACUUGACAACUCUGACACGGUGCCCCGGUACGCCUUAUUUUAUGCCGCCAGAGAGCCUGCAAGUGGGCACAACAUACGACGAGAAACUGGAUGUGUUUUCUCUAGGAGUGGUGAUGCUGUCGCUGCUUGUGGGACGACCGCCUUCCCCAACUGAAGCUACUGUUCUGCUGGAGAAUGGAACGCGGAGAUCAGUUCCGGAGGGUCGCCGACGCAAAGCAGAUCUGGAUCGACUGGGCUCGGAUCACCCACUGCAUUCUCUAAUCGUGUCGUGUCUGCAUGAUGAUCCUGGAUCUAGACCAACAUCGGCUGAUGUUCACAUGCACUUACUGCAGAUCUCACUUCCCUCUAUGUCCGCAGAUCGCUAUUUGAGUCAGUUUGCAGACAUUCUGACCCAACUGCAAACGAUUUCCACACAACAACAGGCAAUCAUCACCCGAGUGACAGCUGUGGAAGAGAAAGUGAACGGCAUGGAUGCAUUGAGGGAGAGAGUUGCCAACAUCGACACUAACCUCAGUGCUCACUCAUCAACACUCGCUUCCAUCAACUGCUCCAUGGAUUCACGCUCGGCUGCAGUGGAUACACGCUUGGCUGCAGUGGAUUCACGCUCGGCUGCAGUGGACUCACGCAUUGCUGCGCUGGAAUCACGUGCCUCCAGACCGUCGUCUAGUGCCAGUACUCAACGUCUGACGGCGACUACCUCACACAGCCGUGACCAUGGUGACUCUAUUCCCCAGUCCACUCCAUCACCACGCAGUGCAUCUUCUGCUACACCGCCGAUGACGUCAUCCAGCGCUUCCUCAGCUCCAACACAGGCUAGAGUGCCAAGACAAGGGUCAGCCUCAGAUCAGACUACCUUGCCCAGAAACACGUUGUCAGCAUCACCAUCCGCAGCAUCAUCAUCAGCAGCAUCAGUAGUAGCUACAUCUCCACCACAGAAGCGUGAUUACACACAGAUCCGCAAAUCAAGGUAUUCAUUCGGUAGCAAGGGCAGUGGGAGAGAUCAGUUUGACAGGCCUUGGGGACUAGCAACCAACAAAGCUGGUGACCUGAUCAUCUGUGACUACAACAACCAGAGAAUAAAGAUACACGGUGUUGAUGGCCGGUUCAAGCAGACGACUGGUCAGGAGGGUACAAACUGUGGAGAGUUCCGUGGCCCAGCAGCCGUGCAUGUAACAGAUGAUGAACGAGUGAUCAUUGUUGAUACUUCCAACAACCGACUACAGAUCACUGACGAGGACUUCUCCGAGUUCAGCACCAUAGGAAGGCAUGAAUCAGGAAUUGGCGAGUUCAAUUUCCCAACUGGUGUUGUCGAAGUGAACCACAGCGCACUGGGCCAGUGCCUUGCUGUGACGGAUACAGGGAAUCAUCGGGUUCAAAUUGUGCCAUGCAGUGGUGAGACAGGAUAUGCGUUUGGAACAAGAGGUAGUGGUCAAGGCCAAUUUCAAGAUCCAAGAGGCAUCGCAGUGUACCUCAACAGGUUGUUUAUUGCUGAUAGUGGCAACGAUCGCAUCCAGGUGAUGACCGUCGAUGGAGAGUAUAUCACUUCGUUCGGUUCUUGGGGCAGCGCUUUUGGUCAGCUGCAGGAACCGGAAAGUGUCACUACAGAUACCUACGGCAAUGUACUAGUCGCAGAUUCUGGCAAUGGACGUGUUAUGGUAUAUGCCGCAGAAACUUACACACCACUGGCUGAGUUUGGAAAAGGAGAGCUGGACGAUCCGAUGGGUGCCUGCGUGACAAGUGAGGGUUUAGUAGCUGUUUCCGAUUGGGGUGUUCACAAGAUUUUCGUGUUUUGAAGGUUUCUUGUUAGACACCUGUCAUCAGUCACUUGCUCACACUUUUUUAUGCAUCAUAACGUAAAUGACCACAGCGUGACACAAACUGAACUUGUAUCCCAUCCUACUCCUCUGCUCUCUCCCCCCCCCUCCUCCCCAACACACGCACACACACAAACACAAACACACACACACACACACACAUACACACACAUAAACACAACCCCUUAAUUGUACAUCCUCAAUAAUUUUCAGUUGCCUUUUCUACACUUCUCAUUGAGAAUUUUGUUUUCCUCCACUCAUCCGCCGCCUUGCUUGGUGACGUGUUCUAUCUUACAGCACUCUCACAUGAGCUGAACACAUCUCACGUACUUUAUACCACAGUACUUCGAUUUCUUUAAUGGAUUAGGUAGAUGCCGCAACAGUUAUUCCACUCCAGUUAUUCUUAGGUAGCUUCUGGUUCCCGGUGUUUAUUAACCCGGGUAUCUCAGAAAAGAACGUUUGCAAUUGCUAGAAUGCCAUUUGUAUCCAGUGGUGGAUAUAUUUUUGCUUUGGUUCUUUCCUCAUCGUUUUUAUCCUUGGCUCUCCAUCUGAGUUCAUUAUACAUUAUAAUGUACGCUGUAAUAGUUCUGAUUUUUUUUAACAUUUUACUUGUUAGAUUGUUUUGUAGCAGAUAAAUCAUAUUCCCCUCUUCGGUUCUACGUAUCCAUGAACCUUCCAAGUUGGAAGGUUGUUGGUUUGCGCACUGGAGAUGUGCUAGAGCUAGAUCUCGGGUCGUUGAAUGUCUCAGUACUGAGUCAGUAGCCUGUCAGUUUUGUGCCCUAUUAUCGCACUUUCUGACCGUUUAUUAUCUUGUUACAGUCGUGGAUAGUUGCUGCAUAACUCGUUCUCAUGUGUUUCUUCUCUUCUUUACAUUAAUCAUAUGAUUAGGAUAUCUAUGCAACAGUUAGUUUGAAUUGUUCACAUCGACAUCA